AUGGAAGAAAGGGGGUUUCGUUCGGGCUGCACAGAAGGUACUCUUCCAAAGGACUGGGCUCAACAGACCGGUUCUCAAGACAUGCAGUCUGCCUUUGAAUAUGAAAAAAAUGCUGAGAUAUUGGAAAGUGCGUAUAGCCAAGAGACAAUGGCUGCCAAAUGCUUUGUCAAAACAGAUAAUAUUGCUAGUUGUAGCGGUGGGAUCCCACUUGAAAUGACAGCCAGCCAUUCAGCGAUGUUGGCAGAGACUAGCAAACAAAAAUGCUGUCCAGAACCUAGUCCGAAGAAUGGGUGUUCCCACGGCCUUGAAGAAGCAUCCCUGCAGGGUAUUGGUCCUGAAACAGGCCAUGCUUCAACUUCAUUUAAUGUAUCCUUUGGGCAGCUCCCUAGCCCAAAAGUUGCACGUCGCUCCUUGAGUCGCUACAGUCUGAAACUGGGUGUUAAUCGCCGGAAGUCACUGCCGCCUCUUCACGUGGAUAUUUUGGACCUGAGUAAGGCAAUCAGCCUGGAUUUGCCAGAGGCUGACAGAAUGGCAGCGCUUCUUCUUUCCAGUUUCCAGUACUCUGCCCAAAAGCUUGAACAGUCUCUAAGACACGUGGAGGGCUUUAAUUCUGAAACUUUUCAGCAGAAUGUGAGCUCACUUUCAGAAGAGCUGAGGCUCCACACAAAGAAACUGAUGCUAGAUGGAACUCUGCAGAAAUGCUUUGAUGACCCAAAAUGGGGUUUGUCAGAUCCUGCAUUCAGUGCAUCAGUGGCUGCUUUAAAGGACACUAUUGCGAGGUUUUCAGCAGAGAAUCAAGCUUGGGAUGAGCUACUCCUGUCCUACCAGAAAAAAAUGGAGGAAAUAUCCAGGCAGUUACAGUCAUGCAAGCUGAAACAAGCACCAGAGGAAUCUUACAGCUACCUUGGGACAUCCCAAGCCCAGGUACUUCAAGCCAAGCCAGACUAUCAGAAAAUACUGGAUUGUCAAGGAGAAGUCUUUUAUGGCCUAGAGAGAGUGCUUGAUGAAAUCAGUCAGAUGGUGAAAGUUUGUCAGACCUAUGUGGAAGAUACUACAUUAUAUCUCCAGAAGCUAUCAGCACAACUUGCAUCAAGGACUUUCCUGAAAUUAGAGAAAUCACCAGCCCGGAAACUUCUCAGGCUUCUCCAGACAAAAUCAUCUGUACUGCCACCUCCAUAGGAUGAAAGAAAGUUGCAGUUUUGUUUCGCUAACAGGCAUCUCCCAGGACUGUCUCAUUCUUCAUCUGACUUUCUAAAACUGACAUUGGAAAUAAUCUAGGUAGGCCAUAGCUAUUAGCAACUUAAAAAUUGGCUUGGCCAUUAAGUUACUGAAAAGAGCAAGAAGCUCAUUUCUCCACCCCUGGAUGAUGGUGGAAAAAAAGGAAGAGAACAACAGACAGCAGAAAUAGCAUUUUUUUGUGUGUGUUUGAGUGUAUUUUUCUCCAUGCUACUUUGAACAUUCUGUGAAUAGUAGCAAGUGUGCAAAAAUCUUAACAGUAUUCUUUAGCUGCUUUGUCUUGUGCGCUCUCUUUAAUAUUCUGAUUGCUAUUCAGAAAUAAUUUUUUUACUGGUAGAUGUGAAAAUCAACACCCACCUAGACAGGCAAAUGUUGGUACAGGAUAAGUAUUAUUGAUUUCCAACUGGAAUUGUUGCCUAGAAACUCAGGCACCCUUAAAAAAAA